AUGCUGAUCUCUCCAGAGGAUGCUUUCAAGAAGCGCCAGGUCACCCGAGAGGAUGGGGUAGAGGUGUUACCUCGUCACAUGAUCACGGUGGCCGCUCUUGAGGCUGGCUACUGCCUGACGUCGCCUACGAUUGACGAGGCUGUUGCCAAGACCACAUAUCCUGGGCAGAUGACUGCCCACGAGUUUUCCGACUUCUGCGACCGUAACACAUCAUCCUUCAUAUCGGCUCAGGAGAUGGCAAAGUAUGUCGUUGUGGCGGCCCCGUCUGGUGUUCUCACGCGCGGUUCCCUGGAGGAGAUGAUGAACAAGCUAAAGUCGAAGGAAGAUGGCCUCCUCGACGAGGAGGUGGAGGCUCUCUUUACCACCCUAGACACUCAUAACAAAGGGGCUAUCACCACCGCGGCCUUAAUGCGGGCUCUUUACGGCAAGGAGGGUGGGUGCUGCCUUGCGGAGCGCCGCAGGCUGGACGCAGAGGAGUCCAAGCGUCGCCAGGAGGAGGCCGCCAAUGCGGAGAAAGCGGAGAAAGUGAUUUCGCAGAGGCCGAGGUCGGAGCCGAAGCCGCAGAAGGAGGUGGUUAAGUCAAAUAAAGAGUCCAGUACACGGAGGAGGAAAGAGAAGAAGGUUUUUGCGUGCUGCUAA